AUGUCUUCCUCUGCCGCCGCCGCCUCCUCCACCUCCACCUCCUCGACUCUCUCCUCUCACCCUGCAAGCAGGGUCGAGGACCCUUUUGUCAACCCCGAUACGGGGGUCCCCCGUGGCCUCGAAGAGGACCAUGAGGAGGACGUCGGCAACCACGCCGACAACAAUUCCACCACCAACAUCCCCCUCACACUGACACUGGAAAGUGUGGCUCGUCUCACCAGAGACGAGGAGGACGCUCUCGACACCAAUGAGGGUGUCAACAAUUCUGCCGCCGUCGCCCCUCCUGAAUGGAUGGAGGAAACCUGGUCGUUUGGGGCCCUGCCGCCUGCCGCUGCCAAUGAGGCAGCUGAAGAAAAUGCUCCUGCUGCUGCUGCUGCUGCAGCUGUUCCUGGUGCCGCUGCCGCCGACGCUGGCCCUGUUCCUCCUGCUGCCGGUGGUGUUGUCCUUGGUCCUGUGGACGCCGCCGACGCCGACGCCGACGCCAACGACGACGACGACGACGACAACGAGGCGAGACUAGAUCGUCUCGUUGAAGAAUAUCGGCAACAGCUUGCCGCCCGGGGCUACGUCUGGCCCUUGGAAGAGAACCAGGGGGUGGCGGGGGCGGCCGCCGACCUCCCGGUCGUGGAGGAGGAAGAAGAUGACGACGAUGACGAUGAUGAUGAAGAUGAUGAUGAAGAUGAUGAUGAAGAUGAUGAUGAAGAUGAUGAUGACGAUGACAACGACGAAGACGAGUGGCGUGCCCCCGACGACUAUAUGUCGGAGGGGGAGGAAGACGAGGAAGACGAGGGUGCCGCCGCCUUCGUCUGGGAAGACCUCCCGGCGACGGCGGCGGUGGGCCGGCUUCGGGCCGGGUUUGAGUUGCUGGGCCGGGUGGAAGAGGAAGUCGACGCCCUUGACGUCGUCGACGAGGGCCUCCUGGACCCAGAACGUGGUGACCCUGCAGCCGUGAGGGCUCGCGCUGGCCUCCUCCUUGCUAGGGAGGAGCUCACCGCGGCCUUCCGGAUGCAGUUGGAAGCCACCAACUGGGCCCAGGAGGCUCUGGAGUUGGCCCGUCAAGGGCGGGAGAGGGAGAGGGAGCAGCGACGCACCCUCGCAAUGCAACUGGUCGCGGCUCGUCAGGCCACUGGCGCCGCCGAGGCGGAGGCAGAACGACUUCGGUCGGAACUGGCCGCUGCCCGGCGUCAGUUGGACGAAGCGGGUCGUGACGCAUGA